GCCGGCCUGCAGGUGAAGACCGAGACGUAAACAGGCGCCGAGCACGUGAUUGCUCCGCAGACUGGGGGAUGUGUUCCCCUUACUCUACCUCUGGGCGGGGACACCCUCCCCGGAACCUGGCCCAUGGCCCUGUAUAAGGCUAUAUUCCAUUUUCACCCCGGAGCGGUGAUAAGCCCUCUCUCAGACAGGAGAGCACAGCGCCCCCUGGAGUCGGGGUGACGCGGGCAAGCCUGGAGACUGUUGGACUAGGGUGGGGAAAUUUACUUGGGCUCCUCGCCUUCCUGCUCCGGAACACAUUCUUGGAACCUGCAUCCAUGAAAGGUUGCCCUGCAGGCCCCUGGCCAGGCCUGAGCCUCUGCCACCAUGGCCAUUGUGCACACCCGGCCAGUGCCGCUGGAGCCCGCUCCUGAGGCUGCCACUGCCCCACAAGCUCCAGCCAUGGGCAGCGUGAGCAGUCUCAUCUCAGGCCGGCCCUGCCCGGGGGGACCUGCUCCUCCCCGCCACCAUGGUGCCCCUGGGCCCACCUUCUUCCGUCAGCAGGAUGGGCUGCUACGGGGUGGCUAUGAAGCACAGGAGCCACUCUGUCCAGCUGUGCCCCCCAGGAAGACUGUCCCUGGCACCAGCUUCACCUACAUCAAUGAGGACUUCCGGACCGAGUCACCUCCCAGUCCAAGCAGUGACCUUGAAGAUGCCCGAGAGCAGCGGGCACGCAAUGCCCACCUCCGUGGGCCUCCGCCAAAGCUCAUCCCUGUGUCUGGAAAGCUGGAGAAGAAUAUGGAGAAAAUCCUGAUCCGGCCAACAGCCUUCAAGCCAGUGCUGCCCAAGCCUCGGGGCGCACCAUCCCUCCCUGGCUUCCUGGGUCCUAGGGCCACCGGGCUGUCUGGGAGCCAGGGAAGCCUGACACAGUUGUUUGGGGGCCCAGCCUCCUCCUCCUCCUCUUCCUCCUCCUCUUCGGCUGCUGACAAGUCCCUGGCACUGAGUGGCUGGGCCAGUGGCUGCCCAUCAGGAACACUGUCAGACUCUGGCCGAAAUUCUUUGUCCAGUUUGCCCACCUACAGUACUGGGGGUGCCGAGCCAGCCACCAAUUCUCCAGGUGGGCACUUGCCCUCCCAUGGUCCUGGCCGGGGAGCACUGCCUGGACCAGCUCGAGGGGCCCCUGCUGGGCCCUCCCACUCGGACAGUGGCCGGUCCUCCUCCAGCAAGAGCACAGGCUCCUUGGGAGGCCGUGUGGCUGGAGGACUCUUGGGCAGUGGUCCCCGGGCCUCCCCCGGCAGCAGCUCUGGUGGGGACCGUUCUCCACCACCCCCGCCACCUCCCCCGCCUUCGGAUGAAGCCCUGCUGCACUGUGUCCUGGAGGGGAAGCUCCGAGACCGCGAGGCAGAACUGCAGCAGCUGCGAGAUAGUCUGGAUGAGAGCGAGGCCACCGGGUGCCAGACAUUCAGAGAGCGGCAGCGACACUGGCCACGAGAUCGGGAGGACUGUACAGCCCAGGCACAGCAGGCCACGCAGCGUGCACAGCGGGCCCAACAGCUGCUGCAGCUGCAGGUGUUCCAGCUGCAGCAAGAGAAGCGCCAGCUGCAGGACGACUUUGCUCAGCUGCUGCAGGAACGAGAACAACUGGAGCGACGCUGUGCCGCCUUUGAGCGCGAGCAGCGGGAGCUCGGGCCCCGGCUGGAGGAGACCAAGUGGGAGGUGUGCCAGAAGUCAGGCGAGAUCUCCCUGCUGAAGCAGCAACUGAAGGAGUCUCAGGCAGAGCUGGUACAGAAGGGCAGUGAGCUGGUGGCCCUAAGAGUGGCCCUGAGGGAGGCCCGGGCCGCCCUGCGGGUCAGUGAGGGCCGCGCUCGGGGCCUGCAAGAAGCAGCUCGCGCCCGGGAGGUGGAGCUGGAGACCUGCUCCCAGGAGCUGCAGCGACACCGGCAGGAGUCCGAGCGGCUGCGGGAAAAGGCUGGCCAGUUGGACGCCGAGGCAGCCGGACUCCGGGAGCCCCCCGUGCCACCUGCCACCACUGACCCGUUCCUCCUGGCAGAGAGCGAUGAGGCUAAGGUGCAGCGGGCAGCAGCUGGGGCCGGGGGCAGCCUGCGAGCCCAGGUGGAGCGUCUGCGCGCGGAGCUGCAGCGAGAGCGACGGAAAGCGGAGGAACAGCGGGACGGCUUUGAGGGCGAGCGGCUGGCCUGGCAGGCAGAGAAGGAGCAGGUGAUCCGCUACCAGAAGCAACUGCAGCACAACUACAUCCAGAUGUACCGGCGCAACCGGCAGCUGGAGCAGGAGCUGCAGCAGCUCAGUCUGGAGCUGGAGGCCCGCGAGCUUGCUGACCUGGGCCUGGCCGAGCCUGUCCCCUGCAUCUGCCUUGAGGAGAUCACUGCCACCGAGAUCUAGGCCCCAGCUCCAAGAGGGGUGGUGGGGGCAGGGCAGGAGCCACAGGGCCACUGAGUGUGCCCCCUAAGUCUGAAUGUUCCAGAACGACUCCUGUCCUGUGAGGUGGGCCACAGGGCCUUUGCCAAGAAUUUCCAUGGCCCUGUGACUUGAAAGUGCAAGAUAGACCCCCUCAAAGGUCCAUGUUCACUGUCACCCAGAGGCUCGUACACACUCCACCGUUUCACUCCCCAGCCUGUGCCGCCACCAGCCCAUUUGCCCCAAAUGUCUGCUAAGAAGACCAGGGGCUCCCCCAUCUCCACAGUACCCCCUGCCCCACAGCCCGAGAGAGCCAGAUGGCCCCAGCUGCUCCAGAUGUGCCUGCUCCCACCGGCUCAUGUUCGGGGACAGGGCUGAGCCUGGGGUUCGGUCCCCACGUCUCAGCUUUGUAGUCUCCCCUGGGCUAAGGGAGCUGAAGUCAGACCAAAGGAAGAACUCAGCAAUGUCUUGUUUAUUUGUGUUUGUGACCAAGCAGUCCCUCCCAGACACCCAGGUUUAUGGCCUCGUUUUCACGUGUAUAUUUUCCACCCUGUAAAUUUCUUGUACAAACCCAAAGAAAAAAAUUUUAAAAAAUUGUUUUUUUAAAAAAAUAUGUUAGAUAAACAAAUGCAAGGGA